UUUUCGUACGAUUUGUUUGUAUGCCAACCUCGAUUUGGAAUAUUUUUCCUGUCAACAGUGACGCUUUUUGAAGUUAUUCCCAUUCCUGCCAGUAUUAGGAGAUACUGGCAAUACUUUUUGUAUCAAAAUGUCUAAGCUUGGAGUAAAUGACCACCAUCAAGCUCAAGUAAUUAAUUACAUGCGGUUCACACGCUAUCAACGAGGUCAGAGAUUACGAGCUGUUGAGAUGUGUUUUGAGGAGCUAAAAAGCAGCAGAUUGGAUGAAACAACCUACACAAUAGAUGAGGUGACUGAAAUGUUAGACGGAUUACUGUCAGUUGUCAGAGGAGAAGUGGAAGGGGAGUUAGACAACACAGCCUACACAAAUGUUCUGCUGCUCAGACAGAUGUUUCAACAGGCAGAAAAGUGGCAUCUCAAACUGCAGGCAGAUAUCUCGGAACUAGAAAAUAGAGAAUUGAUAGAAACUAUAGCAGACUUUGAAGAGAAGGAAUUUGCAGGAACAAAAAGGGACACAGAUUUCAACAGCGUAUUGAGGAAAAUGAAGUUGGCUCCGAUCAAUGAUUCUGGAGGUGCUGCCCUACUGCACAUGAAAAUUGAAGAAUUAGAAAAGGAAAAUCUGAAAUUAUCAGAGCAGAGAACACAGUUUGAGAGACAAAUCAAAUCUUUGGGAGGAACUGUAGCUGUUAGUGCAGCCGCUUCAUCUGUUGCGGGUGGAUCAAAUAAGAAUGAUGGGGAAGUGAAUGAUCUGAGAGCGAAGUUGUCUAAUCUGGAAUCAGAUUUUGAUAAUAGUAGGAGGAGCACUGCCAAUUCAUCAAAUUCAAUGGAGAAAGAUUUAGUUUCAACAAAACAUGAGUUGCUUCGCAUCAGGGAAAUGUUAGAAAUGGCGGAGAAGGAACUUGAAAAGAAAGUCAGUCAAACCAAUCCAUUCAAAAAUUUGAAGCAGAUGCUGGUGAAGAAAAAUGACCAAAUGAAAGAACUCCGAAAAAGACUUUCAAAAUAUGAGAAAGUUGAUGACACAGAGUAAUGUGAAUCAGUGAAUUUCGAGCCUGAUUCAUCGGAAGAUCAACUGAUGAAAUGUUAAAAAAUUCCUUUAUUUCACACUGAACCUGUUCAAGUCUGUUUAACUGAAGAGGCAUGCAAAUGUUUAGUUCUAAUCAUCAUCUAAAAUCGGAAGUAAAUACACAGAUAUCUCUAUAUUAAAAUGUUUACUUUCUAUCCCUUCUUGAGAUUGAGUGAAUGUAGAGAUGUGUUGAAAGGCUCAUUGUAUGUUUAAUUUGUUGAUGUUGUAUGUAUAAAAUGGAAUAUGAUUUGACGGCUUAGUUUUGCCAGCUUGUUUUGCCCUCAAUGAUCUUUACCCCAUUCUAAUUAUAGAUAUACAGCACAUUCUCCAAAGAACAUAUAUUUUUAAAAUCUCAAAAUUUCACUUUCUUUUCAUUACAGUCAAAAUUUCUUCUGGUUUACUAAAAAGUGAUAAAAGGAAUAACAGUAAAAAAAAAUCAUUGGGUGUAUCAGAACAUUGUUAUUGUAAUGUUGAGAAUGAAAACAUUGAUUUCAGUUGUUUUAUUAUAAUUAUAGCAGUAGUGUAUUUGAUGCUUAUUUUAAAUGUACACCUUUAUGGUUUUACAUAUUCAGCAAAAUCUGCAAUGUUGUGAUGUGAAAGUAUGACUUUCGUAGCUGAUCAUUUUACAAAAUUAUGAAUUCAAAUGAUGUGCAAUGUGUCAUUAUAUGCAUGUAUGUGUAAUUUGCAUACUGAUGGCUAACCACGUUUAUAGUAACCCAGGAGUGAAUGCUUCAAGUGCUCUGAUUGGCUGAUAUUCAUAAAGUAGGAAGCCAUCAAAAUACUGGAAUAAGGUUUGCAGCAAUUGAUUUUUGAUGUUUUUAUAUAUAUUAGCAAGAAAACCUAGGUGCAAGUAUAUUUAGCAGAGCUGCCUAGUUUGGAUAUUGUGAUGAAAAAGUAAUGGGCAGUUGAUUAGAUGUUUUGCACAUAUAUUCCAGAACUUGAGAAGGAUUCUUCAUAAUCUUAAAGCUUUUAAAUUUAAACUACACACAAAGAGUCUCCACGAUUCUAGAAUGACCUACUUCUGAGUUUUAAAUCUACAGUGUAUUGAUAAUGAAAUUAUGUUAACAAGUGUUGAAGGAACUUCAAAUUGAGUGGGGAGUUUUUAUGUCCUCUCCAAACAGGUCAUAACCUGUGUAUAUUUUUUCAACUCUACUUACUGAGAUUUUGAUAAUAUACCCUUGAUCUAGAUGUGAUAAUUAUUCACAGGUGUGAGGUCUAUGAAUAUUACUUAGUAUUUCAAAAAAUUCUGCAUUCUCACCCUCUUUGUUACUUCCCUUGUCAUCAGAUAAAAAUGAUUGCUUCAGUCAGUUACCAGUUUAUACCCAUCUAUGUCAGCUAAUGCAUUUCAUUUCUGGAAAGUCAAAAUUUGUCUUCAAGAAAUAUGUGCAAAGGUUGCAUAACAAUUAAAUUGAUUAGCAUCAUAUUAUACAUAUAUAUUUCUGGUUACUUCUGUCAAUUUUUCAAAUUUACUACAACCUAAGAAUCCCCCCCCCCUCCUUCUUUCACUGUCAUAGUAUUGAUGCCAUAACUCACUCAUGAUUAUUAUUAAUUUUAUUUUCUGAUUUUUUAAAAAAAAAAUUACUAAAUUUGAAUUUGACCAGGACAUACUGGCAUAAUUUUUUUUUUUUUUUUUUUUUUUUUUUAUACACUUUAGUGAUGUCAUUCCAAUUUGCGGUUUCUUUCAUAUGUACAUGUACCUGCAGUGAUAAAGUAUACAUGUACCUGUAUAUAUAAAGUUUUUGCAUUAUUAUACAGUACAUGUAUGUGUCAUUUUGAUUUUAAUGUGAUGAAGUCUUUUGAAUCUCUACUGAUGUACGUUUUUUUGGUCUUCUGACUGGGAGAAAGUUGUAAUGCCGAGCACAUUUCAUGUAUGAGAAUUUGUAAUUGAAUGGCCUUUUGGUCACAAGUUAUGGUAGGUUGUGAAUUUGAUUGGUCAUUCUCCAGACUAUUUUAACAAUUCCGUCCUCUUGGAGAAAAAAAUUGUAAUGAAAUUGUUAUUAGAUAAUGUUACAGGGUUUGUGCAUUUUAUAUUAGUUUUUGCUCAGUUAUGUAAUCCAGUCAGUAUGAAAAUAAAAACCAGGAUAAAUUGUGUAAACUUUGAUGUGUGUGAUAGAUUUUGGAAUUUUUGUUAGAUACCGGCUUGAUAUUCCCUAGGAUGCUUUGAAUGUUGACUGGAAUGUCUGGAACUAUACAGUAUAUAUAUAUGGCGACUCUUUUUAGUUUGUGUAAAUUCUCAUCUGUGAUAAAUGUCUGGAUGUCUUCAUUCUUUAUUGUAGAUUUAUAAUAAAUAUACAUUAUGUAGGAGAA